AUGUCCACGAAGGACCCCAACCGCACUAAGAUCGCUCACGCGCGAAAGAAUUCGUGGAAUUACAUGACCAAGUCCAGCGUGAACCUCUUGGACUCGCUGGAGACAUUUCUGUCCACGUUUCAGAAAGAUCUGUCCGCAGUAUCUGGUCAGAUAUCCGAAUUGCAAGACCGGAGCAAGGACAUUGAGAACAGGUUGAAGGGCCGUAGGAGAAUCGAGAAGCCGCUUUCUAACCUACUCGUUGACCUUACAAUACCCCCUCCGCUUGCGGCGGUAAUCCUCGAUACCCCCGUCGGCGACGCAUGGAUUGAGGUCAUUACAGAAUUUGAGUCUCGGCUCGAGGCAUUGAAGGUACGAGGCCGAGUUAAGGCUGCUCGAGACCUGUCCGAGGUAGCAGAGGGUUUGCGAAUUGUGGCUGCAACGAAAUUGCGAGCACACUUUUUAGGCAUGCUCAGUCCAGUACGGGCAAGCGUGACCACAAACUUGAACAUGCUGCAGACAUCGCUAUGGUCAAAGUACCGCCCAUUGUUUGCAUUCUUGCAGCGGCAGGCCGCGCCUGUCGCCAGCGAGGUACAAAGAGCUUACGUGGGAACUGUACGGACGUACUUCGAGACUGGCUUUCGGAGGUACAUCCGGAGCCUUGGGUGGAUUAAAGCACGCGCAGUUGAGAAGACGGAUAUCAUCGUGACUGGGGCAGGCGAAGGCGGUCCCGAGCCCGGCGUCGACAUUGAACGGCUCGAGUAUUCGCGAAUAGAUGGUCCUGGUCCUGUGCUUGCGUAUAUGGCAGAUGAUAAAACCCACAAAGAGCCACCAGAGGCCUUGGUUCGCUCUCUAAUGCUAGUGCUCCUCGAUAAUGGUACAGCGGAGUAUGCUUUCAUUUCGUCGUUCUUCAAUACGCCCGCAAUUGUUCCUACGCACAUCUCUUCACCGGUGCUUUCCCGGUCAAACUCAGGCGUUGACAGCAACGGUUCAGUGUUGUUGUCGUCUCCUGGGCUGUCUCCCACGAAUGGAACUUUUGAGGAUGACAGGAACAACGGAACCGAGGCCGACUGGACACCGCGCCAGAGGCUCAGCAGCAUCAACAGCGUGCUAGGCAUGCCACCACCGUUGUCCGGAUCUAUGGACGACAGGGAUCCGAAGGAGGAGCAGGCUAACUUGAGCGCUUUGUGGAAGCAAGUCUUUGACCCCGUGCUGGAAUACUGUCAGACGUACAUCACGACCAGCCUGCAGCCGCAUCCGGCGAUACCCCUCUUGACGAUGAUCCGCCUGACCGAAGAAGUCAUGCUCGAAGUGCAGAAGCGCGGCUGCCCUCCACUCGAGACGUUCAUCUUCACAACCCGGCUCAAGAUGUGGCCGGCCUGGCAGAAGGGCAUGCAGGAUCACAUCGACGGCCUGAAGAGGCUCGCGGAGGGCUCCGGCGGGGGAGGCGCGCUGGGCAGCAUGUUCGGCAAGAAGUCUGUCAGCGAGGCAGCCGUGAAGAGCGUGUGCCACCGAUACGUGGUGAUGUUCAACUCGUGCGUCGCUCUAACGAGCCAGCAGGAAGAAACUAUGAUCUUCUCGAACUUGCAUCGGCUUCGCCAAGAGCUCAUCAAGCUCGUUGCCUCGUUCACGGACAGGAUCAGCGAACCAGCUGCGAAGGCGACCGCACAAGCAGCGCUGUACGAACUACUGCUGCAAGGCUUGAGUAGAGGCCCGCAUCAGGUCAGUCACCCGAAGACGCAGAGCGAGAUUGCAUUCUGGAAGGAGAGAGAAGAACAGACAAGGCGCAGGAUCGUCAGCACGACAACAAGGCCGCGUUAA